AGAUCAAGCGCAAUAAGGUAAGACCUAAAUUCAAGUCACUUUAAAUUAUUAAUUGUGUAUUAAUAUUUUUUCUACAGCUAUUCGAUACAGUGCCUAGGAGAAAGCUGCAGUUGGAGUUUACGAGCUUCAAGCUUGAACAAAUCUGAAAUGUUCAAGAUUAGAGAAUUUGAAAGCGAACACACUUGUUUGUUGCUACAUAAUUCAUUAUCGGAAAGGCUAGCAACUAAGAGUGUUGUUGGGAGUAUUAUUGUGGGUAAAUAUGCUGAACCAGAUGCUAAUUACACACCAAAAGACAUACAACGUGACAUGUUAGCUGAAUAUGGUGUGCGACUCACAUAUAUGCAAGCUUGGAGAGCUAAAGAAGCAACUCUUGAAUUAAUCCGGGGUGAUCCAAUUCAAUCAUAUGCAAAGUUGCCAAGCUACUUUCACAUACUAGAGGCGACUUACCCUGGUUCUCAUAUAAGAUUUCACAAAUCAGAGGAUGACCGUUUUUUAUAUGCGUUUGUAGCUUUGUUCACCUCGAUAAAAGGAUGGGAAUAUUGUAGACCAAUUGUAGUUGUUGAUGGAACUUUCUUAAAAGGAGCAUACAAAGGGACACUGUUAACCGCUAAUACCUUAGAUGCAGCAGGGAGUAUAUUGCCACUUGCUUAUGCUAUUGUCGAUUCAGAGAAUGAUUCAUCUUGGGGGUGGUUUUUUGAGCAAUUCAGAGAUGCAUUUGGUCAAAGACCAGAGAUGUGUAUCGUUUCCGAUAGGCAUGCAAGCAUUAUUAAGGCAGUUUCAACAGUUUAUGAUGAAGUACCUCAUUUUGCAUGUAUGUGGCACUUACUGCAAAACAUAAUGAAAAAUUUCAGAAGAAGUCAACAAAGGGUCACUGAGUUGUUCUACUCUAUGGCAAAAACAUACACCAUGACAGAAUUUAAUCAAUGUAUGACAAUGGUUGAGAAGAUAGAUAAGAGGAUCAAAGAUUACUUGUUGAACAUUGGAUACAACAAAUGGUCACGUGUGCAUGCUGAAGUAAACAGAACUUGGAUAAUGACAUCAAAUAUAGCAGAAUCAGUCAAUUCACGAACAAGACAUGCCAAAGUUCUUACAGUCUUGCAACUCUUGGAAUUCAUGAGACAACUUGUACAGAAAUGGAAUAACAAUAACAGAUCAAAGGCGACAUUUUCAGGUUUUCACCUUGGAAAAAAGUAUGAAAAUAUAUUGCGGCGCAAUAAAACUGCAUCAGAGAAAUUAAAGGUAUGCCUAAUCUGUUUGCUAGUAUUUUUUCUUCGGAUUCAUAUCUAACAUCUCUCUUGAAUAUAUUUUUUUUCAUAGGUUGUAGAGACAAAUAAAUAUGUGUAUACCGUACUUGAUGGUAUUACACAAUUCACAGUAUGUCUUCACCAACGUACAUGCACAUGUGGGAGAUUUCAAUUGGAUGAGUUACCAUGUCCACAUUCUUUGGCCGUUUUAACAAUAAAACACACUGGUUAUGAGAAAUAUUGUUCGGCUUACUAUACAAGAAAAAAUUUAUUGUUGACAUAUCAAUUUCAAAUGGAUCCCCUGCCAAAUGAAAGAACAUGGAACACACCAACACAUGUUCUUCAAGAUAUUGUACUUCCACCUCAUGGAAAGAGACCUCCGGGAAGGCCAAAAAAUAAAAGACAUACUCAACUGAGAGAAGAUGGAUUCAAGAAGGCGAAAAUUACAUGCAGUAAUUGUGGACAACAUGAUCACAACAGGAAGACUUGCAAAAAUGUCAGGCCUUAUGAUCAAGAAUAAAAAAAUAAUUUGUUUAGUUCCGCAAUCUCGUGUUAUUCAGUUUAAUAGAAUGCUUUCUUAGUUGUGCAAUCUCAUGUUAUUCAGUUUACUGGAAUGUUUCUAUGUGUAUAGUUACAUUUUAUAUGAUAUAUAGAUGAAAUGAUAUAGUUUACUGGAAUAACUCAGUUGAGCUUGAGGCUUGGAAAUGUCUUGCUGAGUAUAAUUGUCAGGUUGGGGAAUUUGGGUGAUGCUUGGUAUGUUUUUGGUUUGUUAGUAUUUUUGUAAUAUAGCUCUUUGUCACUUGUUAGUAUUUGUGUAAUACAACUUUAGCUUAGGUUUAAUUCAGGUUUAAUUCAAUUGUUACCAUUUGUGUAAUAUAUAUUUAAUUCAAGUUUAAUUCAGGUUUAAUUCAAUUGUUACCAUAAUAUAGAUUUAAUUCAAGUUAAAUUCAGGUUUAAUUCACUUGUGGAAAUUUUAAGAUUAAUGUCUUGUUCUAAUUCUAUAAAGAAAAAUAGGAUUUCAAAAAAAUAAAUAGUAUCGAUUCGUAACACAGAAGUUCAUA